CUGACCUUAAAGAACUCGGAACAGUGAAGGACGUCAGGAACUGUUGAAAACGCAAAAUACCAACUUUCGCGACUAUUACCAACCACCAGCUUCUAACUCCCGUUGCCUUAUCAUCUGGACUAUACUUUUUUCCUGCAAUACAUGGUCGGAAAAUAACUGGUGCGAAUUAUUUUCCCCCACACACAAAUUUCCCUAGUAUUGUAAUUUCUCCACUCACUGGCACAUGAACGGAGGCGAAGAUUUGCAUCUGUGUGGAUCUCUCCUUCUAGAUCUAUUCGGAUGAUCUGAGGCUGCGGAGCUGUAUAUGGAAGUUGUGGGUUGCACAGCGGAAAAGAGCGGUUGUACAUUGCGUCCAUCAGCCAUGCUUUUCCACGGAAUCUCUGGAGAGCAUAUUCAAGGAAUCAUGGAGGAGAUGGAAAGGCGAUCUAAAACGGACUCUCGCCUAGCCAAAGGCGUUCAGAUGAACGGAAGGGAGACGAGCAUGCCUUCAAUGAACCAGGAGAAGCCGGCCCUGUGCGCCGGUUGCGGAGGUAAAAUCUCCGACAGAUACUAUCUGCUGGCCGUGGACAAGCAGUGGCACCUGAGAUGUCUUAAGUGUUCUGAAUGUAAACUUGCCCUGGAGUCAGAGCUCACUUGUUUCGCAAAGGACGGCAGCAUUUACUGCAAAGAGGAUUACUACAGGUUCUCUGUGCAGAGAUGUGCCCGCUGCCACCUCGGCAUCUCGGCCUCGGAGAUGGUGAUGCGCGCCAGGGACUCUGUAUACCACCUCAGCUGCUUCACUUGCACGACGUGCAGCAAGACCCUGACCACCGGCGACCACUUCGGCAUGAAGGACAGCCUGGUGUACUGCAGGCUGCACUUCGAGAGCCUUAUCCAGGGCGAGUUUCACUCUCAGAUGAGCUACUCGGAGCUGGCAGCGAAAGGCGGCGGCGUGGCGCUGCCUUAUUUCAACGGCACUGGGACGGUGCAGAAGGGGAGGCCGCGGAAGAGAAAGAGCCCCGAAAUGGCCUUAGACAUAGGGAAUUACAGCUCCGGUUGCAAUGAAAACGAAGCUGAUCACCUUGACCGGGACCAGCAGCCUUACCCGCCCUCUCAGAAGACCAAACGUAUGCGUACGUCCUUCAAACAUCAUCAGCUCCGCACCAUGAAGUCCUACUUUGCCAUUAAUCAUAACCCUGAUGCAAAGGACCUAAAGCAGCUUGCCCAGAAGACUGGGCUGACCAAAAGAGUUCUUCAGGUUUGGUUCCAAAACGCAAGAGCGAAAUUCAGAAGGAACGUUUUGCGACAGGAGAAUGGGGGUGUUGAUAAGGCCGACGGCUCCUCACUUCCUCCGCCCCCAUCCGACAGCGGCGCUCUCACCCCCCCCAGCACUGCGACCACACUAACAGAUCUGACCGAUCCCUCAAUCACUGUAGUGACUUCAGUAACCUCUAGUCUGGACAGUCAUGAAUCUGGGAGUCCCUCGCAAACUACCUUGACAAACCUUUUCUAACAUUUUUUGUUUGUUUGUUUGUUUGUUUUUUGUUUGUGUUUUUUUUACAAUCAUGGACAGAUCUUGUGAGAGCAAAUAAAUAAAACAGACAUACAAAACAAGAAUUCUGGUGUGUAGCAUUUGCGACCACUUGGCAGCUGAGUUCGUAGCUAAUUCAUUUGUCGAUAAAUUGGCAGCAUAAGGAAGAAUAACUUCUCUACGCCACCACAGACGUCUAAAAAGGAAAAUUCAUAUGCUUAGGUAUUGUAUUUGUAAAUUUGACUUUUAUUAUAGAUAGACACAGGCUAUUUCCAGAAUAGAUAAAAAAAAUGUACAAGAAUAACAUCUUAUUCUGAUAUGCGAUUAUGUGAAACAUUGUUUAUCUUGGAACUUUUAAAAACUUGUGUGUAUGCAGUACCUGUUCUGCAGUACCUCAGCAUUAACGUGAAAGAAUGUUAUAUAUUAAGCUGCGGUGGAAUAUUAUAUUGAUUUUCAAGCCAUUCUGUGUUUCUGUCAUGGACUGGGAAUUCACAGAAUUAAAGAGCCUCCGUAUGCAGGCAAUCAAGCUGUUGUCUAUACAUUUAGCCUGAAUUCUACUAGAUAAUGACAGGCUAUUGUAAAACUGCAAGGCAAAGGAAUAUUAACAAACUUCAUUCGAAAUUUGAAAACUCACUUAGGUGUUACACAACCGUAAUUUUAAACUCAAACGCCAGGUGGAUUGCUAACUUACAUUAUGUCUUGACGGGAAGGUAGGAGUAUUUAUCUGUCUGUGCAGUGGUAAUUGUUCAACAGAUUAAAAAAACUUCACACCUGACAUCAUGAAUAGUUCAAUUGCAUUGAAAAUCACUCACCAUAAUUCUAAUUGGAGGUCUCAGAUUUCAGAAGGGGGGGGGUGGGACAGAGGCUGGGCUGUGUUGAUUUGAGGUCUCGUGUUGGUUGUUUUUAUGUUAGUGCCCUUUUAUGGAUUUGCUGACCUCAUUAUAGUACAAAAAAGUCGUGGUGAAGUUAUCUGAGUUUCGAUUGCCAGUGGUCUUACUCUGACGCUCUGUUGCACAGAGACAAAUAUACUGCCCAUGUGAAAGUGCAUUAUUAUCAUUUUGCUCAGGGUGUUUAAUAACAAAGCAUAAAAAAGGUGGAGGAAGCUGUAGUCAUUUAGGGUGUAGAACUUAUAAUGACUCCAGAGAGUCAGACAGCUUUCCGUGAGCCAGUUGGAAAAAAGAUCAUCCACAUUCUAUGUUUUUGGACAUAAUUCUUUCACGGACACUUGCCACUGAACAGACCAAAAACAUGCUUCUUCUGGCUAAUGGUUUAACAGAACCUUUCAUUGUAAGUGUCAAACUUUGUUCUUUUGCGGAACAAAAUGGUACUAUAGAUCUACUUCAUGAAGUAGAAGCCUAUCUCAGUUCUACGAUGUGCCUUAUGCCUAACUUGGAGGGAAGUUUGUGAAAUUCAGGACACACGGUGUUAUUUGUCAGCUGAUACACAUCCUUUUAAUGCCUCACUAGUUUUGUACCAUUUUAAUUACUUACUUUUUAUGGUAUAUCCUGUUAAAAGGGGACAGCGAUGUCAUAGAAAGCAGUUGUGCACUCUGAGAUAUAGUUGGUUAAUCCAAGAAUCUUAUAUAUUGCCCUUUGUGUUUAUAGUACAGUAUUGUUCUAACAAGAUUGUCCAUGUUUCUUUGUUUCUUGGUAAAAAAUGGUGUAUAGAAACUAUUCCCCCGUAAAUAUUUAUGGACCAAACGGUUGUUACAUAUUACAUUUGUGUGAA